CCCAGGCUGGCGGGGUGAGGGCGCCCCCGUUGGCUAAUGGUAUGGCCCGCUCCAGUGCUAAUGGUACGGUUCUCUCCAUGAGAGAGGCUUUCCCUCCCCCGGCGACGUGCCUUGGGGCUAGUGUAACCUGGAAAAUGGCCCGGCCCGGCCGAGUGACCAGCGCAUGGGGCAGAGGAGGGUGUCGGGUUCCCCCGUUCUCUGCUCUGCUCUGCUCUGCCGUGGGGCAAGUCCUUCAUUCUACUGUACUGGUUUGACUGAAUCACGUGUCAAAUGCUUCUGACAACACAACAAAUAGAAAGAUCAGAAUGACUGAUGCUGAUGAAACCAAGACUUCAGCUUUUGACCACUUUGAAGAUUCCCAAGAUCUAAUAUAUACUCCUCAAGAACAGUCUAAUGUGCACGAACAUGUAACUGCAAGGAAUUCAUGUUUAGGCUCUGCACAGAAAGAUUCUGUAUGUGAAAAAUCUUCACAGGAAUCCUACACUAGUGGUAGAUCUUCCAAAUAUUUCACCUACUUGACCGAUGUUCCGACCAAUGCUUUGCUGGAUGACAACAAUUCAGAGAUUGACCUUUCGGAUUCUACUAGCAGCUUGAUCCAACAUGAGUGUAACAUUACACCGGCAGCUCGAAGUUCAGCAAGACACUUCAUAAACUCUCCAGCAAAUACAUUAGACAGAGACACUUCCACUGAAUCCUCUCUAGACCCUGGGUCUCCAUUUAAGUUGGCCAAAUCCCCAGGGCUGUCUAGAUGUGCACUCAAUUUGAAAGCCAGUUUUGACUAUCACUUGAGGAGGAAGUAUAGGAGACAAGCACAUCAAAGUUGUAAGGAGAAACCAAAAGAGAGAGAGAAGAGGUACAAGAGCACAGGAAAACCUAGAGGAAGACCUCGGCUAACUCUUCCACAAGAAGAGCAGAAAAAAAGACUUCUAGACAGAGGCUUUCAGUUUCCUUUUGUGGAAAAAGAAUAUGGAAGGAAACAUAUCCCCAUGAAAAUGACUUCUGAAUAUGAGGAAGCGGCUUUAAAGGGAUAUUUCCAAUACAUUAAGAUGCUCAAAUGUGAAGAACAUCUCCAAAAGGCUUUAAAAAAUCUGAAUGCUAGUGAGGAUUUAGAAAAUGAAUGUAUGGCAAUGCGGAAACACAAAUACAUAGAUGACGAAGGACCCAUUUCUCCUAUUCAGGAGACAAAUGGAGAUGACUACAACUUGGAUCCUGAUCAAGAAGAAUUUGGUGCCACAAUAGUUGAGAACAGCUGUUUCAUAUUAAGCAGCAAAAUUCCAAGCAAGAAAAAAUCAAAGACAAAAGCAAAGCAUGCAAAACUGAUCAGAGAAGAUGAAGAGGGGGAAGAACAUGCUGCUGAUGGGCCUGGGCCUGUACAGGAGAUACUACACAGAUCAGAAAACUAGUACAUCAUGGAAUCCCGUAAAUGCUGGUUGCUGUAACCCUGAUCCUGAGCAUACAUAUCUUCAUAUGCUGCUCCACUUGUCAACAAAACAUUCACUUCAAACAAAUGAUGUUCAGCAUUCAACUUAAACUUUCAGUUAUUGCAAGUGAUUGAAGUUAUACAUUUACAACCUUGAUGAUGCUACAUCAGUCUCCUUUGGGCAUGAACAUGGCAAACAUCUCAGUGUGGUUUGAAAAACUUCAUGCUGGAUUUGGGAAUGGAGUUGUUCCUGGUUCAAUUGGCCUUUUUUGGAGAGAGAAAAAGGAACCAUUUUAGUUUAUUGCUCCUGCAAGAGUUUCUGGAACUUCCAAAAUACAUUGAAAUCAAGAUGGAAAUAUGUAGCUAGUUGGUGAAAAGGAGCAUUUCCUAUGACAUUCUGACUGUAGAGACACACAGCCUGACUGUAGUCACUGUCAGGAAGAUCAUCUUCCUGCCGAGAAGGGAGUCCAAAUAAUUGUGGAACACUCGGUCACCAAUCACAUUUUCUUCAGUUAUCUUGGUGGAAUACAUGUUUAGAAAGCAAGGCAAGUGAAGUGAUUUACAAAGAAGCUUUGUCAACCAGAAAUUAGAUGCCUGUUCACAAGGCACUAGCUUAGUUAACACUCAACAUGGAUUGAAAAUCUUGUCACAAAAGGAAAUGGGCAAAUUGCUGGGGACUUCACUACACUACUAGACAGACCAGAUUUCAUUAUGAUAGAAUUGUUUGGAUGACAGUAUCAUGACACCAACUUUGUCUUUUGCUGACAAAUCACUGAUCGGAAAUCCCAAAUGAAGACCAGGAAUAAACAUGGAUAUGGAAAAGACUUUCUGGUUGUAUUGCGAAGGUCAGAGAGACUGCCCUAAGCUGUGGACAAUUGAAAAUGUUGUUGUUUGCACUGCUUCACUGGAUACUUCUGUAGUAAAUUUGAUUGAAUCUUUUAAACUGAACUUGAUUGUCACAUGUAUUUUUAAAAACCUGUUUUGGAGGAUUUAAUGGAAUGAGUUAACUUCUAAUCAACAGGAAACUUCAGGGUGAACUGCUACAUUGGUUUCUGAAAUUUGUCACUGAUUCACAAAAAGUUCUUAGUAUGGUAUUUAUUGAAUGAUUAUGUGAAAUCUAGUUAUACUAUUCAGCUGUAUGCACUGAAAUGUGAAAUAAACUUCUCUCAAGUCAAGUA